UCUUGGUGAGGCACCCUUGGUCCUGUCUUCCCCCUUUGGUGUCACUGAUCUUGAGGCUGCCGGGUUUGUUUUCAGGCCGGCUCCUCACCUGGAGCGCCUGGCACUGCCCGGACGUCCCUGUUCUGAGGCUGGAAAAGCUGAAGGCAAAACACAGACGUAGGCAGGAGCAGAGAGGCUGGUAAACAGCUGGGGGCUGAGUCCCUAUCAACAAGGAAAAACCCAGCAGGAUGGGUGGAUGCGGCUUGUGAGAGGAAACACUCCGUAGGAAAUAACAGGCGUUUGAGGCACCGUUGUUGACAUCGCAGAGUUUGAAGAGUUUUUCCCGUCUGGGCUGUGCCUGAAGUGACUGCGCUUGCCAGGAGUUGAGGUGUAAAUCGGCGCUGGAGCUGGACCGGAGCUGGGGGGCUGUUUUCUUCCGAACUUGGCAAAAACAGGUUGUUUUGUGCGUCAACGAGCCACAGUUUGGCUGCAUCAUGGCAACGGUCGUCCCCGAAAAGCUUAGCCGCCUCUUCAUUAACGUGCGGCAGGUCCCUCAGCUGCUGGCUCCCCUUUCUCCCUCCACCGUCAGCAGUUCGGAAGUUCCAAAGGUCUUCUGGAAGCCCUACAUCCACACUGGCUACCGGCCAGUGCAGCAGACCUGGCGCUAUUAUUUCUCAACGCUCUUCCAGCAGCACAACGAAGCCAUCAACGUUUGGACCCAUCUGGUGGCAGCACUGAUCCUGCUGCUGCGGUUCCAGCAGCUCUCACAGCGGGUGGAUUUUGGACGGGACCUGCAUGCCCAACCUCUCCUCAUCAUCAUUGUGGCAUCCAUCACCUACCUGACGUUCAGCACUCUCGCUCACCUUCUGCAGGCCAAAUCUGAGUUCUGGCACUACAGCUUCUUCUUCAUGGACUACGUGGGUGUUGCCAUUUACCAGUAUGGCAGUGCUCUGGGCCACUACUACUACGCCAUUGAGCCCAGCUGGCAUGAGAAGAUCAAGGGGUUCUACAUGCCGGCGGCUGUCCUCUUAGCGUUGCUGUCCUGCGCUGGUUCCUGCUACGCCAAGUACCACCAGUCCACUCGUCUCCUGAGCCGGCUCUGCCAGGAGCUGCCCUCCGGCCUGGCGUACACGCUGGACAUCAGCCCCGUGAUCCACCGCAUCUUCACUGCGCCACCCUCUGAGCAAGCUGACCCGGCCCUUCUCUAUCACAAAUGCCAAGUGCUCUUUUUUCUCAUCGGUGCCUUUUUUUUCUCCCACCCUUAUCCUGAGAAGUGGUUCCCUGGGAAAUGUCAUUUCUUUGGGCAGAGCCAUCAGAUUUUCCACGUGUGCCUAAUGCUUUGCACCCUGGCGCAGAUCGAGGCGGUGGUGUUGGACUAUGAGUCCAGGCGACACAUCUACUCCACUCUUCAGGGUGAUUUGGCACACAACUUCUCUGCCCUUUGCCUCUUCACCGUGACCUGCUCUGUCCUCACAGCCGCUUACAUGGCCCGGAAGGUGAAGAACAAGCUGAACUUCAAAGAAGAGUAAGAGCCUUGGAGGAGAAGGAGGAGGUGAGCUCACCCGAACGGUUGGUCUGCAGCGAUGCUGUGGUGGUUCUGGUCUGAAUCCAGCCACAAACUUGGUGGAGAAGAGGAAUGAAAUGCUUCACAACUUUUUCUUGGCCACUGCUCUCUGUAAGGAGGGAAAGUAAGAGCUGCUUUUAAUGCUUUUUAAAUUCAGAAUUAGUGCUAGCUUGCUCUUAAAAUGGUACACUGGUUUAAUUCCCAUGUCUGAAUAAACACUUGGAACAAAA